AUGGAUAAUUCUCGUGGAUUCGUCUCGACGGUCGAACAGACUUUGACUCUCCUGUGCCCUGCUCAAGGAUUCCCUGUUCCUUCGCAUAGGUGGGAUAAGGUCGUCAAAUAGUCUUAUAAAUAUGUGUACAUAUAUGAAAAUACGUCGUUUCUACGUAGAAAAAUACAAGGCCUUUGAAGAUCCAAAGGCUUUAGGAUUCAAAUUCACUCGAAUGGUUUUUUGGUCGUUGAUGCAAAUUUCGAAUGACCAUUGA